AUGAUCACUGCUCACAAUUUGAAGCGAAUUCGAGAGAUUCUUGAUUCACAUGGCAACAAUGAGUUCGAUAUUGAUAGUCCUGAGGAUGAUGAAUCGGACUCUGAUACAGACUAUCAUGUUUCUGGAAUCGAAUCCAAUGACACAUCCGCUGAUGAACAUAUUUCGCAAGAAGAGGAUUCAUCUGAUUGUUAUGUCAGUGAUGACGAUAAACUUGACGAGACUCAACCUGAAUCUAUUGAAAAGAACGGCGUCACGUGGUCGACCAAAAGGACAACAGUUGCUGGGCGUUUAGCUGCUGUGAACAUAUUCAAACGAAAACCUGGUCCAGUUACAUCGACUCAAACGAUACUGGAAGCAUUCAAGCUCUUUUUCACGAAUGACCUUUUGAAUGAAGUUGUCUUACAAACAAACAAAUACGCUGGGGUGCAAGUUGACCAGCAAAAUCGACGAUCAAAUACUGGAGCUGAUCGAAGAAAGUCGGCGAAAUGGAGUGAACUUGAUCGCGUUGAAUUAGAAGCAUUCAUUGGUUUGCUAAUCGACGCCGGUGCUGAAAUGAGC